CUGCGGGUCGUCGUCGUCGUUGUCCCGAGCGCGGCCCGGCGCUGAGGAGAGACGCGCGGAAUCGCUGCCCGCCCGCUGCCUCCCCCUCGCCAUGUCUGUGCCGGUGUCGGGCGCCCUGCGCAGGGAGCUGGCGGAGGCAGUGUCCGGGGCUCGGCUGCUGGUGGUGGGAGCCGGAGGGAUCGGCUGCGAGCUGCUCAAGGAUUUGGUGCUCACCGGCUUCAACAACAUCGACGUGAUUGAUUUGGAUACUAUUGAUGUCAGCAACCUGAACAGGCAGUUUUUGUUUCAAAAGAAACAUGUUGGGAGGUCAAAAGCACAGGUUGCCAAGGAAAGUGUGUUACAGUUUUACCCAGAAGCUAAUAUUAUAGCUUAUCAUGACAGUAUCAUGAACCCUGACUAUAAUGUAGAAUUCUUCCGGCAGUUUACAUUGGUUAUGAAUGCUUUGGAUAACAGAGCUGCACGUAACCAUGUGAACAGGAUGUGUCUGGCUGCUGAUGUUCCUCUUAUAGAAAGUGGAACUGCAGGCUACCUUGGACAAGUAACAGUUAUCAAAAAGGGAGUGACAGAGUGUUAUGAAUGUCAUCCUAAACCAACUCAGAAGACUUUUCCAGGCUGCACAAUUCGCAACACUCCAUCAGAACCUAUCCACUGCAUUGUGUGGGCAAAGUAUUUGUUCAAUCAGUUGUUUGGUGAAGAAGAUGCUGAUCAGGAAGUAUCCCCUGACAGAGCUGAUCCUGAAGCUGCCUGGGAGCCAACAGAAGCAGAAGCCAGAGCAAGAGCAUCUAAUGAAGAUGGUGAUAUUAAACGUGUUUCAACUAAGGAAUGGGCUAAAUCAACUGGAUAUGAUCCAGUUAAACUUUUCACGAAGCUUUUCAAAGAUGAUAUUAGAUAUCUGUUGACAAUGGAUAAACUGUGGAAAAAAAGGAAACCUCCUGUACCAUUGGACUGGACCGAAGUACAGAAUCAAGAGAAAAACAUGUCUGAUCAACAGAAUGACUCCUCUUUAGGCCUGAAAGACCAACAGGUUCUAGAUGUCAAGAGCUAUGCACGUCUGUUUUCAAAGAGUGUUGAAACUCUGAGAGUUCACCUAGCUGAGAAGGGUGAUGGAGCUGAGCUUAUAUGGGAUAAGGAUGACCCAUCUGCAAUGGAUUUUGUUACUUCUGCUGCAAACCUCAGGAUGCACAUUUUCAGCAUGAAUAUGAAGAGCAGAUUUGAUAUCAAGUCAAUGGCAGGAAAUAUAAUCCCUGCUAUAGCUACAACUAAUGCAGUGAUAGCUGGUUUGAUAGUGCUGGAGGGUUUGAAGAUUUUAUCAGGAAAAAUAGAGCAUUGUAGAACGAUUUUUCUGAACAAACAACCAAACCCAAGAAAGAAGCUACUUGUUCCUUGUUCCUUGGAUCCUCCAAAUCCCAAUUGCUAUGUGUGUGCAAGUAAACCAGAAGUUACAGUGAAACUUAAUGUACACAAGGUUACUGUGUUGACAUUACAGGAUAAGAUAGUGAAAGAAAAAUUUGCUAUGGUAGCACCAGAUGUACAGAUAGAUGAUGGAAAAGGGACUAUUCUCAUAUCUUCAGAGGAAGGAGAAACAGAAGCAAAUAACCACAGGAAGCUAUCAGAAUUUGGAAUUCGGAAUGGCACUCGGCUACAAGCAGAUGAUUUCCUGCAGGACUAUACGCUGUUAAUCAAUGUGCUUCAUAGUGAAGAUCUAGAAAAAGAUGUAGAAUUUGAAGUUGUUGGAGACGGUCCUGAAAAAGUUGGCCCCAAACCAUCAGAACCUAUUUCUAAGAACAUUACCAAUGGUAGUGAUGAUGGAGCACAGCCAUCAACUUCAACAGCUCCAGAUCAAGAUGAUGUAUUGAUUGUUGACUCUGAUGAUGAAGGUCCUUCGAGCAAUACUGAUGAAGAUAUGGAAAAUAAAAACCGCAAGAGAAAACUAGAAGAUAGAGAGCAUGUCAGUACAAAGAGAAUGCGUACAGACCAGACAGAAGAGCAAGAUGACAUAAUAGCACUAGACUGAGUGCAAAUACCCAAUGAUAGAACGAUAUAGAUAAUGUAAUACAAUAAGAUAUUACUUUGGGGUGUGUUAAAUGUCCAGAACUAGACUAUUUUUAUGGCCUUUGUUCCCAGGGAGAAUCACACCACUGGCUUACAGAAUUUGUGUCCAUUCCUCUUGAUGGUAAAUCACUCAUUUCAAUAGAAUCUUAGAAGUUUUCCAAUAUUCUAUAUUAAAUGUAGUAGAAACUUAGUUUAUAAAUACUUAAACAUAAGUAUUUGUUUAAACAGUCAUGAAAACAAAGCAUGUUAUUUUUAUGUAAAUACGUUUAGAUAUAAUUCAUUAGAACAAAAAACUACUCUUGUUUAGUAAAGGGUCAUCAUUUGAAACCCAGAUUUAUAAAUAUUAGAUUUUUAUUUUCGUUAGACAAAAAAUAUUUUUAGCCUAGAUCUAACCAUUUUUCACACCCUCAACUAAUUUGAGAUAGCAGAUUCUUUAAAAACGGAAAUAAGAAGUGCUGUGUUUAAACUCUCUGAUCUUAAACAUCAGCUGGCACUGUGUACAUUACUGUAAAACAAUGUUAAUUUACUCAAGUUUUUCAGCACGUACUGCCUGGUAUGUCAAUGUAAGAAGCAAAUUUUGUGUAUUGUUACAGUUUCAGGUUAUUUAUAUUUGCUGUUUUGUAAGACUCAAAUACUAUUACUAUACUGUACAUCUCAUGGACCAAAUAAACGACAUCUGAAAUACUUGCUA